ACUUCCCGGCAUUUGUAUUUCACCUCCAGACCGGGUGAAUGCGAUGCAGCUUGAACGGGAUCAGUUGAACAAAUCUUGGAUCAUCUUAAUCCCCUGAUCGGCAGUGCGUGUAUAAUCCAUAGCGGAUAAAAUGGCUGUUCUAAUCGAGGACGCUUUGGCCGAUCUGCACGCUGACCUGUCCAGAAAUGAAUCGGUAUCCAACGAAAGCUUCCAGACGCUGCUGGUUAAGAAUCACAGUUCGUCGUUGGCCAACUGGUUCUAUGGGAUUUUUCUUCUGGUUGGUCUUAGCGGGAAUCUAGUUUUUCUCCGCUCACUAAUUGGCACACCGGAGGGUAAAGCGCGCCUACGUCCAUUCCUCCUUAAUCUGUGCAUCGCUGACCUUUUGGUGUGCUGUUUCACUAUUACGAUGGAGAUCGGGUGGCGUAUGACGGUGGUGUGGACGGCCGGUGAUGCGGCGUGCCGGCUGUUUUCCUUUACGAAAACCUUCGGACUAUACUUGGCCACGUUUGUUGUUGUGGGCAUGUCAAUUGAUCGCUGCUACGCAAUAUGGUUUCCUAUGAAACUUAAUGAUGGUCCACGACGAGCCAGAAUUGUUCUAACGUUCGUUUGGAUUUCGGCAUUUGUAUGCAGCCUACCACAGGCACUAAUAUACCACGUGGAAUCGUAUCCCAAUGUUCCCGAAUUCACGCAGUGUGUCACCUUUUUCUACUUCGCCACGGAGGCCGGUGAGCGGGGCUACGUGAUAUUCGGCGUUCUGGCCAUGUACGUCAUUCCACUGCAGAUGAUCAUCGUGGUCAAUGCCAUCAUCCUGUGGAAUCUCCGGACGUCCAUCCACAUCAGGGCGCCGAAGAUGAAGCGCAGCUUCACAUCCGCCUACCUCACUUCCGACUAUACACACGACAGCGAAGCCGACAGCAUCCGUACUAAUUACGAACCGGAAACGCCCAACGCACCCUCACCGGCGGCUCCCACAGCGACGACCUCGGCCACCGGCAUCGCGCUGUCCAUUGUGACCUUUAAGCAGUCGACACGCGGGAGCCAUAUGCGGCUCAGUACCGGUCUCAUUCUGUACCAUUCGAGCCGGCUUAAACGCCAGCGCACCCGUACACGCACCGUUAAACUGUCACUGUUAAUUGUAGCCGGCUUUGUACUGUGCUACACACCGUAUGCUGUUAUUACGGUGUGGUCGCUGUUUGUGGAGACACCGGAGAACUUCCACGAACAGAUAACCGACGGUGUCACCGAGGGAUUACUGCUCUUUACCAUGAGCUUCAGUACGAUUAUCAAUCCCAUUGUGUAUGGGAGUUAUAUGAUCUACGCGCGGGGCGGUGGCUGCCGCAACUGGUUCUCCCACUUUUACAAACCCGUCGCGAAACGGUAAUCAUUAUCGACGGUCAACUGGGAGUCUGGGAUUAUAUACCGGAGAUUGAGAGCGUCUGGAUAUACGCACAUAAGCGUGAUGAGAAGAGUGGUCGGCGAAUGUUGUCCUCUUUACUACGAAAUUGCUCUCCUUUUUUUACUCCGUCGUGCUUAUACAAGUUCAAAUACAUCUGAACUAUGACAGAAAGCGGUUCUUUCAUCUCACACUCCGUCCUUCGUGGGAAAAUGCUGUUAUCCAAGUUUAACUCUGUCUGGUUCAAUUUGGCGUCCUAUGGCUGAUGAUAGGUUUCAGUGAAUGCGGCUGCUCAGAAAGAUUACAUUACAGAUUUGUUUAUGGGAUAUCUUAUUGACUGCAUUCAGUACAAUACUACCUUUGAUGUUCUUUAAAUACUCUGUACACCAGACAGCGAGCUAACUUUAUUUCCCGAAGGCAGUACUUGGUAUCUAUGCGGUAUUGAAUGUUUCAAAAUUUUAUCUAACCAGUAAGCGGAAUGCAGUUCAAUGAUCCAUUUAUUAAUUACUGCCAUGCUUUCUUACUUGACAUGUCCCUGGAAUUAUUUUGAUUUCUGGAUAUUUUUAUGACGACUCAAUAAAAUACUGUAAAAUUG